CCAUGACCCCUUGCAUGAGCCCCAUGGCGUACGCGCCGUCCAACCUGGGCCGCAGCCGCGCGGGCGGCGGCGGCGACGCCAAGACGUUCAAGCGCAGCUACCCGCACGCCAAGCCGCCCUACUCGUACAUCUCGCUCAUCACCAUGGCCAUCCAGCAGGCGCCCAGCAAGAUGCUCACGUUGAGCGAGAUCUACCAAUGGAUCAUGGACCUCUUCCCCUACUACCGGCAGAACCAGCAGCGCUGGCAGAACUCCAUCCGCCACUCGCUGUCCUUCAACGACUGCUUCGUCAAGGUGGCGCGCUCCCCGGACAAGCCGGGCAAGGGCUCCUACUGGACGCUGCACCCGGGGGGCGGUGGUGCCAAGAGCGGCCCUGAGAGCCGCAAGGACCCGUCGGGCGCCGCUAACCCCAGCGCAGACUCGCCCCUUCAUCGGGGCGUGCAUGGUAAGGCCGGCCAGCUAGAGGGCGCGCCGGCCCCUGGGUCAGCCGCCAGCCCCCAGACUCUGGACCACAGCGGGGCGACGGCGACAGGGGGCGCCUCGGAGUUGAAGACUCCAUCCUCCUCGUCCGCGCCCCCCAUAAGCUCUGGGCCCGGGGCGCUGGCAUCUGUGCCCCCGUCUCACCCGGCGCAUGGCCUGGCACCCCAUGAGUCUCAGCUGCACCUGAAAGGGGAUCCCCACUACUCUUUCAACCACCCCUUCUCUAUCAACAACCUCAUGUCCUCCUCGGAGCAGCAGCACAAGCUGGACUUCAAGGCCUAUGAGCAGGCACUACAGUACUCGCCCUAUGGCGCCACGUUGCCAGCCAGCCUGCCUCUCGGCAGCGCCUCGGUGGCCACCAGGAGCCCGAUCGAGCCCUCAGCCCUGGAGCCGGCCUACUACCAAGGUGUGUAUUCCAGACCCGUCCUAAAUACUUCCUAG